GGACUGUUUUACGUCGCGGGCCCGCUUUAAGGUCCCUGCUUUAAGAGCUAAUGGCGGAGCCUGGCGGGUUGAAGUUGGCGGUGGCCUAGGCCUUGAAGGAAUUCAGCAUCUGUCGGAUAUCCACGCCAUCCUUCCUGAGGCAGGCUUGUUUUACUUGGUAUAACAGGCCUGAUUGUGGAGUUGUGACUGUCUCAGUGUUGCUGCCACCAUGUUUCUAUACAACUUGACCUUGCAGCGAGCCACUGGCAUCAGCUUUGCCAUUCAUGGCAACUUCUCUGGAACCAAACAACAGGAAAUUGUUGUUUCCCGUGGGAAGAUACUGGAGCUGCUUCGUCCCGAUCCCAACACUGGCAAAGUACACACUCUACUAACUGUGGAAGUAUUUGGUGUUAUCCGGUCACUCAUGGCCUUUAGGCUGACAGGUGGCACCAAAGACUACAUUGUAGUUGGCAGUGACUCAGGUCGGAUUGUUAUCCUGGAAUACCAGCCAUCUAAGAAUAUGUUUGAGAAAAUUCACCAAGAAACCUUUGGCAAGAGUGGAUGCCGCCGCAUUGUUCCUGGCCAGUUCUUAGCUGUGGAUCCCAAGGGGCGAGCUGUUAUGAUUAGUGCCAUUGAAAAACAGAAGUUGGUAUAUAUCUUGAACAGAGAUGCUGCAGCCCGGCUUACCAUUUCAUCUCCCUUGGAAGCCCACAAAGCGAACACUUUAGUAUAUCAUGUGGUUGGAGUAGAUGUAGGAUUUGAAAAUCCAAUGUUUGCUUGUCUGGAAAUGGAUUAUGAGGAAGCAGACAAUGAUCCCACAGGGGAAGCAGCAGCUAAUACCCAGCAGACGCUUACUUUCUAUGAGUUAGACCUUGGUUUAAAUCAUGUGGUCCGAAAAUACAGUGAACCUUUGGAGGAACAUGGCAACUUUCUUAUUACAGUUCCCGGAGGGUCAGAUGGUCCAAGUGGAGUGCUGAUCUGCUCUGAAAACUAUAUCACCUAUAAGAACUUUGGUGACCAACCAGAUAUCCGCUGUCCAAUUCCCAGGAGACGGAAUGACCUGGAUGACCCUGAAAGAGGAAUGAUUUUUGUCUGCUCUGCCACCCAUAAGACCAAAUCGAUGUUCUUCUUUUUGGCCCAAACUGAGCAGGGAGAUAUCUUCAAGAUCACUUUGGAGACAGAUGAAGAUAUGGUUACUGAGAUUCGGCUCAAGUAUUUUGAUACUGUGCCUGUUGCUGCUGCCAUGUGUGUGCUUAAAACAGGCUUCCUUUUUGUAGCAUCAGAAUUUGGAAAUCAUUACUUAUAUCAAAUUGCACAUCUUGGAGAUGAUGAUGAAGAGCCUGAGUUUUCAUCUGCCAUGCCUCUGGAAGAAGGAGACACGUUCUUCUUCCAGCCAAGACCACUUAAAAACCUUGUGCUGGUUGAUGAGUUGGACAGCCUCUCUCCCAUUUUGUUUUGCCAGAUAGCUGAUCUGGCCAAUGAAGACACACCACAACUGUAUGUGGCCUGCGGUAGGGGACCCCGAUCAUCUCUGAGAGUCCUGCGGCACGGACUUGAGGUGUCAGAAAUGGCUGUCUCUGAGUUACCCGGUAACCCCAAUGCUGUCUGGACAGUGCGUCGGCACAUUGAAGAUGAGUUUGAUGCCUAUAUCAUUGUGUCUUUCGUGAAUGCCACACUUGUACUAUCCAUCGGAGAGACUGUGGAAGAAGUGACUGACUCUGGGUUCCUGGGCACAACCCCAACCUUAUCCUGCUCCUUGUUAGGAGAUGAUGCCUUGGUACAGGUGUAUCCUGAUGGCAUUCGGCAUAUAAGAGCAGACAAGCGAGUCAAUGAGUGGAAGACCCCUGGGAAGAAAACGAUUGUGAAAUGUGCUGUGAACCAGCGACAAGUGGUGAUUGCCCUGACAGGAGGAGAGCUGGUCUAUUUUGAGAUGGAUCCUUCGGGACAGCUGAAUGAGUACACAGAGCGGAAGGAGAUGUCAGCCGAUGUGGUGUGCAUGAGUCUGGCCAAUGUGCCUCCUGGAGAGCAGCGGUCUCGCUUCCUUGCUGUGGGGCUGGUGGACAAUACUGUCAGAAUCAUCUCCCUGGACCCCUCAGACUGUUUGCAGCCUCUGAGCAUGCAAGCUCUCCCAGCCCAGCCUGAGUCCCUGUGUAUUGUGGAAAUGGGUGGGACUGAGAAGCAAGAUGAGCUGGGUGAGAGGGGCUCUAUUGGCUUCCUAUACUUGAAUAUUGGGUUACAGAAUGGUGUGCUGCUGAGAACUGUCCUGGACCCCGUCACUGGGGAUCUGUCUGACACCCGCACUAGGUACCUGGGGUCUCGUCCUGUGAAACUCUUUCGUGUCCGGAUGCAAGGCCAAGAGGCAGUGUUGGCCAUGUCUAGCCGCUCGUGGUUGAGCUAUUCUUACCAGUCUCGUUUCCAUCUCACCCCCUUGUCUUAUGAGACCCUGGAAUUUGCGUCUGGCUUCGCCUCUGAACAGUGUCCUGAGGGCAUUGUUGCCAUCUCCACCAAUACCCUGAGGAUUUUAGCAUUGGAGAAGCUAGGUGCUGUCUUCAAUCAGGUAGCCUUUCCAUUGCAGUAUACACCCAGGAAAUUUGUCAUUCACCCAGAGAGUAACAACCUUAUCAUCAUUGAGACAGACCACAAUGCCUACACAGAAGCUACAAAAGCUCAGAGAAAGCAACAGAUGGCAGAGGAAAUGGUAGAAGCAGCAGGGGAGGACGAGCGGGAGCUUGCUGCAGAGAUGGCAGCAGCGUUCCUGAAUGAAAACCUCCCUGAAUCCAUUUUUGGAGCUCCUAAGGCUGGCAAUGGGCAGUGGGCCUCUGUGAUCCGAGUCAUGAAUCCUAUUCAAGGGAACACGCUAGACCUUGUCCAGCUAGAACAGAAUGAGGCUGCUUUUAGUGUGGCUGUUUGUAGGUUCUCCAAUACUGGUGAUGAUUGGUAUGUGUUGGUGGGCGUGGCCAAAGACCUGAUACUCAAUCCCCGGUCUGUAGCAGGGGGCUUUGUCUAUACCUACAAGCUUGUGAACAAUGGGGAAAAAUUGGAGUUUUUGCACAAGACUCCAGUGGAAGAGGUCCCUGCUGCCAUUGCCCCAUUCCAGGGGAGGGUAUUGAUUGGUGUGGGGAAGCUUCUGCGAGUCUAUGACUUGGGGAAGAAGAAGUUACUCCGAAAGUGUGAGAACAAGCAUAUUGCCAAUUACAUCUCUGGGAUCCAGACUAUUGGACACAGGGUAAUUGUGUCUGACGUCCAGGAAAGUUUCAUCUGGGUUCGAUACAAGCGUAAUGAGAACCAGCUCAUCAUUUUUGCUGAUGAUACUUACCCACGAUGGGUCACUACGGCUAGCCUUCUGGACUAUGACACUGUGGCUGGGGCAGAUAAGUUUGGCAACAUUUGUGUGGUAAGGCUCCCACCUAACACCAAUGAUGAAGUGGAUGAGGAUCCCACAGGAAACAAAGCCCUGUGGGACCGGGGCUUGCUCAACGGGGCCUCUCAGAAGGCAGAGGUGAUCAUGAACUACCAUGUAGGCGAGACAGUGCUGUCAUUACAGAAGACCACACUGAUCCCCGGAGGCUCAGAAUCGCUUGUCUAUACCACCUUGUCAGGAGGAAUUGGCAUCCUUGUCCCAUUCACAUCCCAUGAGAUUCUUUGUUUCUUCCACCAGGACCAUGACUUCUUCCAGCAUGUGGAAAUGCACCUACGGUCUGAGCAUCCCCCUCUCUGUGGGCGAGACCACCUCAGCUUUCGUUCCUAUUACUUCCCUGUUAAGAAUGUGAUAGACGGAGACCUCUGUGAGCAGUUCAACUCCAUGGAGCCCAACAAACAGAAGAAUGUCUCUGAAGAACUGGACCGAACCCCACCUGAGGUGUCCAAGAAGCUUGAGGACAUCCGGACCCGUUAUGCCUUCUGAGCCCUUUCCCUGUGGGGCUUGUGUCAGAGACUCUCUGUUUUGUUUCCCCUACCACCUGGCUCUGAACCCAUGUGGCAGAAGGGUGGCUGGUUAAUUAAGACUUUGUAAUAUUAAAGCUAGUAUGUCUUUCGUAUCCACUCUUUCCCUGGAGUGACUGGUUCCCCCUAAAAUUGGCACUGAAAUUUGCUAUGCUUCUUUUUGCCUAGUACGUAAUACAUUGCCCCCAGGUUCUGGUGUGUAAUAAGAUGUUGGCGAUUCCCCCAAGCUUUCCCUGCACUGAAAUUUCUGGCUCUCUUGUCUACUUUUGUACACACCCUUAGUUUUUAACCAGUUUUCCUGUAAAUAUAGUUUUGUACAAUGUUAUCUUUGUGGGUGGGAGGUGGGGGAGAGAUGUGGGGAAGGCAGGCAAGCUGAGGUGGGGACCAGGUUGAAUAUAGUAUAACUCCUGAGUUCUGCCACUCUGAAAUCUAACCAGAAAUACAAUGUAGUUUUUAAGGUGGCUGGAGUCCAUGUGUCUUUUCUGGGGGUGAGAAUUUAGGUGGGAGAUUUAAACCUGAGUUGGAGCAGGAAGAAUGGAGUACCCUCCUUCUUUCCAGCUACCUGCUUGUACUUCUGGUUCCCUGUGGCCUCACUCCUGGCUUGUGGUGGUUUUUUGGCUUCCUGUAGUUCUUUCUGCUAUGCAGAUGAAACUUGGGCUUAAUAAUAAACAUGGGGUCAGCCACACCUCUUCCCAUUGAAUAUUGAGGAAGGGUGGCUGAUUUCUUCUCUGGUGUUUUAUUUUAUUUUUUUAGUGUUUGUUUAUUUUUAGAGAGAAAAGGUAUGCCUGUGCACGGUAGGGAGGGGCUGAGAGAGGGAGACAGAAUCCUAAGCAGGCUGUGCGCUAUCAGCACUAUCAGUGCAGAGCCUGACGUUGGGCUCUGUCCCAUGAACUGUGAGAUCAGUAUGAGCUGAAAUCAAGAGUCAGACAUUUAACUGACUGAGCCACCCAGGUGCCCCUCUUCUCCCCUGUUUUAGCUUCUUCCUACUUUGAGGUCUUAAGAGUGAAGGAUUCAGCAUGCAUUCCAGCUGGCUAGUCUCUUAACAGAUGCUCCCUUUACUUCUACAGCUCCUGAAAUGAUCGUUUGCCUUAUGAAUCCUAGGAAGGAUCAGUAAGUACAGAAGAACCCAGAUCUAACCUGCCCAUGGGAACAAAGUCAGUAUAUGUGGUCUCUAUUUAAAGCCUCAUGGAUAAUGACAAGGGAGGGGUGGGUACUAUCUGCAGCAGUCAUCUUAGGCAAGCUCUGGCAGGCCUUUGGAGUAUGAAGAGGCAGCACUGGUAGCUAGUCAGCUGCAAAUGUGCUGGUGUCAAAUGUUACAACCUACACCUGGGAAACCAGCUCUAAUCGUCCAGGUAGUCUUCCAGCUUCGUUGAACCUGGAAUGACCCAAGCUCGCUGCUGUUACCAGUAUUUCACAGAGUAAAACACUCAUUCACGUGCAUGUGCUCAGCCACUUCCAUGAACGGAUUCUCUGUGGCUAGCACUGGGUUAGAAUCAAAUCAAGGUGAUCAGAUAAAAUCUUUCACCCUGAGCAGCGCACAAUCCAGUGCAGAGAGUUCCUGAUGCUGUCCCUGGAAACUCUCUUAAGUAUGACUAAGUUUUGGAGUGGUCAGUAGAGAUCCAGAUUUUGCCAGGAAUUGAAUCCCUAAACAACACUUUGUCAGUUAUCUUACUGAUUCACAUAACAGAAGACAAUACUUUUGAAUUACAUUUUUAUGACCUAGUUCCAGAGCUCAUUCUUCCUGUGGCCCCUACCCAAAGCCAUUCUGUUUAGUCUGUCAGAUUGUAUGAUACUGACAUGCAGUAGUCUGGGAAACUUGGCAAGGAUGUUUGGGUAGCAGCCUAUUCCGUUUCUUUUCUGAAGUACUUCCUAUAGUCAUAGAGGGUUUAUAUGUAAGAGAGGAAAAGAUCUCUGUAGAAUUGCAAAUUGUCUUGGGUUGCUAAUGACAUAGACGGUAGUUCAUUAGCUAUAUAAUCACAGCCAAUGGCAUAAGGACACUGCAUGCCAUGCAAAGUCACAUGGGGGUUCCACUCAACAACCAGGUAAACAACUGGGGGCUUUGGGAGGGAGACGGGCUUUUUAGUAUCAAGAAGGUGGGGUGCCUUCUGGUUCCUUUGGGAAGAUGUGAUUGGCUUGUUUGAGUAAAUCCAUAGACUCUGGUGAACUGAAACCUGCUGCCCAGAGAGGAGCAGGAACUGUGUCUGGUCCUUUGAUAAGGAGGGUUGUUUAGCUUAGGGAACCUUACCCAUAAGAGCAGAGCUGGGAAGGAAACUUGAAGUUGGGCCUUUUGAAGCUCUUUUGAUUUUAUAGUAUAUAAUAUGAACCUUAAUUUUAGAUCUUUUACCACAGCUGGGAAUGAAUGGUCAUCUGAUUUUUGCCCCACUAGAGAGCUACAGGUGAACCAGGCAAAGGUUUCAUAUUAAGAGAUUCUGUCCUUUCCCUUUUGUCUAUAACCCAGAGUCUAGGGAAAAUGAUACAAACUCAGUGGGAUUGUCACAGAAAUGUGGGUGCGUUUUGCAAAAGGUUAACUGGUAGAUGACAGCUUAUAAUGAGCUAACAUUCUGAGCAUUGUACUGAUAAUGAGCACAGUAAGAAAUGUACAGGGCCUGCUCAGUUGAACUUGAUAGCCUAGUAUGGAAAUAAUCAGUCAAAAUGUGUUUAUAGUAUAACUAGAGAACUAGAAUCAGGUGACAUGUCUGAUCUGGCUUGGGCAGAAAACAGCUGAGUGAAUUUUGGGCAAACCAUUUAAAACUUAUGAGCCUUGAUUACCCCAGCUGUAGAAAGUAAAGGGAGAGAGGUCAUACAAGCUGCAUGGAAGUCCCUUACUGUGUUACUCAACCUUACUUGCGACAGGAUCAUGGUUCCUAAGAAUCCUAGCACUUACCAAAAAGGCAAAGUGACUUUGUGUCUCCUGGGAGUACAAAUUUUGUUUGUAUUAUUUUUUUCUUAAACGUUCUUAAUCAUGAAGAUCAUCCCUUAGGCCACUCAAUGUAUAUUCCUGGGCAAGUCUAGACAUGAACUCACAGGCCUGAGUUCAGUCAAGUAUUUGCCUCUCUGAUUAGAUAGAUCUAUGACAUUGGUCAGGCAGGUUGGCAUCUUACGCAUAAUAUGGAGAUAAACAGGGUUGACGUGAGAAUAAAAUGAGAGCAUUUAUCUAAAAUACUCAGCACCCAGCACAGCAUAUUGUGGGUGCUUACUGAGCCAAAUAUGAGCUCUUAACAUUUGGGGCGUAGGUCAGGAAGACAGUAAAGUCUUCCAUUUUCCUUUAGGAGUCACCGAAUAACCAUAGACUGUAGUCUCCUUACUUCCCCCACCCCAUACACACGCUGUGGUGGUUUCUUUCCUCCUUACACUGCUGUGCUUUUGAUAUGUCUGUUGACUCUCACAUUCUCUGUUGUAGCUAAAUGGGUGCUGGAUGAGAUAGAGUUUUGAGGGCUAUAUAGAUAACAUUUCAGUUCUAUAACUGAGGGGCCUUCUCUGGACUUGAUUUCUCUGCCAGGAUUCUAACAGCUGGUAAGAUUUUUUUUUAAUCCCUCUAGUUUUAUUGAGGUAUAAUCAUUACUGUAUAAGUUGAAAGUGUACAGCAUAAUGGUUUGACUUACAUACAUUGUGAAACAAUUACAUUCAUCGUCUCAUCUCAUAGAGAUACAAUGAAAAGCAGCAAAAAUAUGUAUCACAUAGCAGUGUUAACUAGUCCUACAUUACAUUUCUAAUACUUAUUUCCUCUUAUACCUGGAAGUUUAUACCUCUCGACCACCUUGUUCCAGUGCCACUGCCACUCCUCCACUUCAACUUCAGAUCUCAUCUCUUUUUAGGAGUUUCAUGUUUUUUUUUAGACUCUACAUGUGAGAUCAUACAGUAUUCUUCUGUCUUAUUUCACUUAGAAUAUUGCCCUUAAGGUCCAUCCAUGUCACAAAUGGCAAGAUUUCCUUGUGUCUUUUUUUUAAAUGACUAAUACUCCAUUGUGUACGUAUGUACCACAACUUAUUUUAUUUUUUGUUUUUUAUUUCCCAGUGUUACAUUAAUUUCAAAUGUCCGAUACAGUGAUUCCACAAGUCUAUACAUUACUCAGUACUCAUCACCAUAAGUGUACAACUUGUAAUCCUUUCACUUCUUUCACCCAUCCUCCCACCCCCUCCCCUCUGGUAACCCUCAGUUCUCUAUAGUUAUGAAUCUCUUUCUUAAUUUGUCUCUUUUUUUCCUUCACUCAUUUGUUAAGUUCCACAGAUGAGUGAGAUGAUAACGGUAUUUGUCUUUCUCUCACUGACUUAAUUUUGCUUAGCAUUAUAUUCUCUUGCAUCCGUGUUGUUGCAAAUGGCAAGAUUGCGUUCUUUUUUUUUUUUUUUAAUGUUUGUUUAUUUUUGAGAGAGAGAUAGCACGAGCAGGGGAGGGGCAGAGAGAGAGAGGGACAUAGAAUCGGAAGCAGGCUCCAGGCUCUGAGCUGUCAGCACAGAGCCCGAUGCAGCGUUCGAACUCACAAGCUGUGAGAUUGUGACCUGAGCCGAAGGCAGAGGGUUUACCAACUGAGCCACCCAGGCGCCCCUUGGAUACUAAUCUCUUACCGAAUAUGUCGUUUGUAAAUAUCUUCUCCCAUUCAGUAGGUUCCCUUUUAGUUAUGUAGAUUGUUUCCUUUGCUGUGCAGAAGCUUUUUAUUUUGAUGUAGUCCCAAUAAUUUAUUUUUGCUUUUGUUUCUCUUGCCUGAGGAGAUAAUCUCUAGAAAAAUGUUGGUAUGGCAAAUGUGGCAGACAUUACUGCCUGUGCUCUCUUUGGGGAUUGUUACGGUUUCAGGUCUCACAUUUAGAUCUUUAAUGCAUUUUGAGUUUAUUCUUGUGUAUGGUGUAAGAAAGUGGUCCAUUUUCAUUCUUUUGCAUGGAUCAACACCCAUUUGUUGAUCUACCACAACUUCUUAUUCAUUUAUCCAUUGAUUGUUGUUUCCAUGUCUUGGCUAUUGUAAAUAACACCACUGUGAACAUAUGGGUGCAGAUACCUUUUUGACUUAGUGUUUUCGUUUCCUUUGGAUGUAUUCCCAGAAGUGGAAUUGCUGGAUCAUAGGGCAGGUCUAUUUUCAAUUUUCUGAGGAUUCUCCAUACUGUUUUCCAUAGUGGCUGUACCAGUUUACAAUCCUACCAACAGUACACAAAGGUUUCCUUUUCUCUACAUUCUUUCUGGCAUUUGUUAUCUUGUCUUUUUGAUGAUGGCCAUUUUAACAGGCUUGAGGUGAUACCUCAUUGUAGUUUUGAUAGGCAUUUGCCUAAUGACUAGUGAUGUUGAGCAUCUCUUCAUGUGUCUGUUGGCAGUCUAUCCAUAAUAUAUCUACAUUGGGAAAUGUCUAUUAAGUUCCUUUGCCCAUUUUUAAAAAUUGAAGUAUGAUUAAUAUAUAGUGUUAUUAGUGUCAGGUGUACAACAUAAUGAUUCAGAAAUUCUAUACAUUAUUCAUUGCUCGUCAAGAUAAGUGUACUCUUGAUCCUCUUUUUAUCACCCACCCUCCUAUUCCCCUCCCCUCUGGCAACCACCAGUUAUUCUCUGUAUUUAAGAGUCUGUUUUUUUGGUCUCUUUUUUUUCUUUGUUUAGUUGUUUCUUACAUGUGAAUGAAGUCAUGGUAUUUGCCUUUCUCUGAUUGACUUAUUUCACUUAGCAUUAUACUCUCUAGGUCUAUCCACAUUGUUGCAAAUGGCAAGAUUUAAUUCUUGUUUAUGGCUGAGUAAUAUUCCAUAGUAUACAUAUACCACAUCUUUAUCAUUCGUCUGUUAAUGGAUGUUUGGCUUGCAUCUGUAUCUUGGUUACUGUAAAUAAUGCUGUAGUAAACAGUAGGGGUGCAUGUAUCUUUUUGCCCGUGCUUUAAUUGGAUUAUUUGUUUGCUGUUGAGUUGUAUGAGUUCUUUAUAUAUUUUGGAUGCUAACCCCUUAUGUAGAUAACAUGGUUUGCAAAUAAUUUUUCCCAUCCUUUUGGUUGUCUUUUUACUUUGUUGAUUUUUUCUUUCUGUGCAGAUGCUUUUUAAUUUGAUGUAGUCUCACUUAUUUUUUGUUUUGUUGCUUGUGGGUUAGGUGUUAUAUCCAGGAGUUGUCACCAUUGAGUUUCCUUUGCCUAUCCAUAAAUUUGUUUGUUGUCUGCAAGCAGAAUUUCUGGAUCACAUGCACAAGGAAUUAGGCUUGAAUAUGUUGAGCUCAGGAAUUUUGUCUAGUUCAUAGCUGUUGCUCCAGAAUGUACAAAAUGUGUUUAAUAAAUACUUGGUGAUGGGAUGAGGCUAAAUUACAAAUCCCAUCUAUGUAGGUAUUAAGGGGGGGCUAAUGAACUCUUUUGAUUUAACUGAGCAGCCAGGUAAAUGGGGACCUCUGUGUGUAGCCUUGCAAAAUACAUCAGAGUCUGCCAUGCAGUUCCGAAGGGAUAAUGUCAAGACCCUGAGGCAUUUGCCCUUAGGUACUAAGAUCACUCUCAUCUUGCUGCUCUGUUAAGUCCCUGCAACUUGAGUCUAAGAAAGACUGAAAAGUUUUCAGCUGCCUCAUCUUUCCCUGACCUCACGGGUAGGGGUUCUGCAGAUGUUGUUUCCUUUGGAAGAUCUCUUGCCAAGAAUAGCAUUCCUUGGGGGGAGGGGGGUUCAAAUUGGACUAUGGCUGGAAUGUUGCUUUUCUUGGUUUUUUUGAAUGUAUUGCUAGCAAGACUGCUGUGGCUGGGAAAGGCUGUUGGAGUUCACUUCUCUCAUGGGGAGAGUGCUGGUCACCAGAAUGUGUGUUGCUCCCAUGAUGGCAGCCUCUCUUGAGUUUCUCAUCAGUGGGAAGCCAGAAAUGUUGGGAGCAUUCUUCAGAUGUGAUCAACUUGGCUUUCAAUUUUUAAAAAAUAUUUAUAAAUUUUGUUUCUAUUUAAAGUAGAAAUGACAUGUGUUUGCCUGAGUCAUCUACUUGCUCAUUUGCAUAUGGAAUAUUGUGUGUGAAUAUUUUGUUUAUUGUACCUUUAAAAUACAUUCAAGGGCUAUAUCAAGAGCUCAGAAGAACCGUCUCUGCUGCUGAAGUCAAACCUUAUCCAAAAAAAUUAACAGGUGAGGGCCAGAUGGCUUACUCUUGGUUACGUGGUAGGGAGGUCAGUGAACAUCUGUGGUCAGUGGCUGAUUUACAUGUGGCGAUCUGAUAGCCCAAUGUGUGGGGUUUAUGUGAAGUUGAGUGAACUGAAAUCCCCAGGUACGUACUACAGAGCAGUCAGAAGAGUCCUCUUCACCAAUCCAUAAGUGCAUGGCCAGCUGUUUCUGUAUAAGCUUGAAAACCAGCAUCAGAAGACAUGACCAAAAAAAAGAUACAGCCAACUCACUGUCUGCUCUGUACCCAGAAGUUGAAGAGUUUUUAUAACCUGUCAGUUUUGGCACUUGCUCCUACCCUCGAGCCCCUUAAAAUCGACAAAGCCCGAGAAGACCGCGUCCUCCUGGGUGAACAG